UUAAGCAGCAGCUGUGUACAUGAAGAGAGGUAGAACCAUUAAGCCCUCGUAUAGACUACAAAAGGCGUUACCCGCUUUUCCUUUAUCUUGACUUUCGCCCUUCUGCAAUGCACGGUCUCGAAUUUCUUACUGUUGCAUUGCUUUCAAUAACUGCUCAGGCUCUUAAUACCUCGGAACUCUACAACUCUACUCGAUUGGAGAAAAGAAAUGGGCUUCGCUUCAAUCCUAGGGCUGAAGACAUACAUGUAUCACAAAGGGCUGCUUCUAUAAGUCGUUCGACCACCUCUACGUUCACCCCUCGUGUUGGACUUUCCGAUGAAGGACCUAGUCAAAUCAUGACAGGAUUCUUGUACAUUCGUGACGCAUUGGACGGAACAUCUUUGGGUUAUGUCUCUAGUGCUUUCAACUCGUUUGGUGAAUAUGGACCUAUGGCGUCUCCUGGGCAACGUCUUGAAGUCAGUAUAAACACGGAUACGAUGGGGCCGAUCAGUAUUGUCACGACGGUUAAUACGCUCUUUCGCAUUUUCGUAGAAGCUGGGCUGAUUCCACUUGAUCAGAACGGUCCAGAUCCUGACCUACCGUUCAUGGUCGGUAUUACUGGGUUUGCAAAUGAUGCUAGUGGCUUAAGACCAGGAAAAUACAAGUGCGCGAGGAAAUUGUUUGCUGUUUUUGCUAACCUUGAACGUCGUUCUAGCUAUGUCUAUUUAGGAGCUGGAAAUCGUACCGCCGUGGACGUUUCUCCCAGAUCCGGAGACAACUCGUUUAGCAGGGCUACAGGGAACCCGGAAGGGAUUGAGAGUACAAUUUUUUCUCUUCGACCGACUCUCGAUGUCAUGCCGUUCUGGAUCAAUGGUGAUGGUUCCAAGCCAAAUGUAUUCUUGGGUCUCUAUGAGAAUGUGCUCUUCUUGACUGGCGACAAGACUAUGUUUGUGGAAAUUUUUGGGCCGGUCACUUGGGUGAUCCUCUCGUUUGAGCCAGAGUCGUAACCUGAUCAUCCGAAAUCUUCUCAAGAUCAUAGAAUAAAAUACUUGUUACGGUAAUAUCUCGUCUUCCAAAACUCCUCGGAGUUCACCACCAUCUUCGUUAUUCUCUCCUUUCCGAAUAUGAUUUGUUUGUUCAAUGUCAAAAAUGACUGGUAUAUGACCCACGUUCGUUCCUCCCGACGUCUCCU